AACGGACCAAGGAGCAACAAGUGUCAUGUUUUGUUUCUUUUUGGUUUGUUUUAGUGAGUGUAUUUCCUUGUUUGGUUAGUGUGUUUUCGUAAUCUCUGGCAUUUUCUGUUGAAUAUCUGAGUCAUUAAUGCAAUUAAAGAACUUGGAUCCUCUUAACCGUCUCUUCUAACAUCUCAGUUUCACGUUUUUGUGAUGGUUUCAUCUCUUGACAGAGAAAAAGAAGUUGUGAAUAUGGGAGCUCCAAAGCAUAAGUGGACACCGGAAGAAGAAGAAGCUCUUAUGGCAGGAGUACUCGAACAUGGAAUCGGAAAAUGGCGUUCGAUUCUCGCAAACCCUGAGUAUUCCUCUGUUUUGCACUCUCGCUCAAAUGUGGAUCUCAAGGACAAAUGGAGAAACAUAAGUGUAGCAGCUACUUGUGGAUCUAGGAAGAAGGCUAAGCAAGGUGAUGAUGGAGGACAACAGAUUAUUCCAGCAUCUGCUCCUCUUGCACUCUCAUAUGAGCCACCACAAGAUCUCUUCACAAGUGUGGAUAACAUGAUUUUGGAGGCUAUAACUAACUUUACGGGACCGUUGGGUCCUGAUAGAAACUCAAUCUUGCUGUAUGCAGAGGUGAAAGCUAAUAUGCCAAUGUAUAUGGAACCGCUUGUGACUUCAAGACUUGAGCAUUUGAUCAAUAUUGAAACAGUAGUUAAGAUAGAGCACAUGUACAGUGUUUCUCAGGGCUAUGCAGCUGCAAAAGCAAUAGCAGAAGCGGAGUUGGCACUAGCAGAAGCGGAAGUAGCGGCAAGAGAAGCGGAUAACGCAGAAGCCAAGGCCGAAGCUGCCCGUAUUUUCGCAAAAGUUGCAAUGAAAGCUUUGAAAGCAACUCGGUAAGAGAUAUUUGUGAUGUUGUUUCUGUGCUGAUAGGGGAGACAGAUCAUGUCAUGUCUGAACCUUGCAUCUAAACUUGCACCUUUGUUAUGUCAGAUUCUGUUUAAAACCUUCUCUCUCUCUCUUUUUUUUUUUAAAGUUGUUGUAGUAACUUUAUUACCUUCAGGUUUCUCAUGACCCAUUUAGAGAAACUGGUUUGAAGGGAAACAAAUAAAAGCUUUUGAACCAUUUUAUGUUUUGUGAGUUUCCAAAAUUGCAAAAUGCUUUAGAAUAGAAUACAAUCCACAUCUAAUAUACAGAGACAAGACUGGACCAGCAGCAGAGACAAGAAAAUAGAGACAAACUCUUCAACCAUCAUCAUUGUCACGCAGGCACCACACAAUACAGGAAGAAGACUAAGAAGAGAGAAUGUGUGAAGUUUUAGUUCUUUGAUUUUGAAUGCUUUACAAGCCAAUCAAUGACCUGAUCAAUGUUGGUAGAGUUCUUGCAAGAUAUCAU